AUGUUCCAGGGUGUCAUGCAUACGUUGUUGAUCGAGGUUCAGUCUCAACUGCCUGAAAUGGGUGCACCACAAUCUAACUCGGGAAAUGAAGCUGCAUGUAAGGGAUCUGUACCCUUGAGCCCAAGGACGGCACUCGUUGUUGAUGACUCUGAAGCCAUUCGUAUUAUUCACAGUCUCCACCUAAGAGCUCUUGGUUUCCAAACUCGGGCGGUUGAGAGUGGCCACGAAGCGGUGCGCCUCCUUGAGUCAGGAAUGAGAUUUGAUGUAAUCCUCAUGGAUUACUAUAUGCCAGAAAUUAAUGGAGCCGAGGCCACCGGAAGAAUUCGCGAGAUGGGAAUUCAAUGUGUCAUCCUUGGUGUUUCAACUAUCGAUGAUGAUGAAGAAAAUAUCCGAGCAAAGUUUGUUCAGUCAGGCUUGACCGAGUAUUUUAGUAUGCCGUUAACUCGUCACAUGCUAAUCCCCUAUUCAACAUCCGUAUAG